CUUCACCGAUUUGGCACGAAGGUGCAUUCUCAGCCGAGCAGUACCGCCAGUCAGCUCCAGCGGUUCCUUUACAAAUGGUGCCCCCAAACGCCCAGUUACGUGGUAUGCCACCUUCACUCGGACACGCAAGGCACUUCACGACGCCAAUCGCAGCGCCCGCUCAGGGACUUACAACAGCCCACGAUGAGGGACGGCCUUCCGAUUCAAACGGUCUCACUCCGUAAGUGACGUUGGCGCCCGCUUACGGUCCACACGAGCUCAUCUGAGGUCGUGCCCUCCCCUUUCUGGGUGAUGUGCACUCUCAGGUCGUGCUCUCGGUGCAGACAAAAGAAGUUGAGAUGUGAUUUUCAGACACCGUGCUCAAAUUGCAUUGGCAAAGGUUUAGAAAGCGAGUGUCACAAGGAUGUGCGAAUUCCUAGGGGGCGCAAGCGACCCAAAGCCGAAUCGCAGCUCACAGACGAAGAGGAGAUUGUCAAGCUGCGCAAACGGCUUGCCGAGCUAGAGGAGCGUGCCGUUGGUGGUCGAUUGACACCGUCAAACUCAUCAGCAAACAGUUUGGGUGGCCGGGUGUCCACGCGGAGCGAUAAGUCACUGAGACACCGGCACCAUGCAACUGGUCCUGCCGAUGAUCGCUCGGGCGGUAACAGCAGUCCUGGCAGCCGAAGCCACCUGUCUAGCAGUUUCGUCACUGCCACUAGAGACAUCAUUGGCUCGCAGGAAGGUUUGAGCAUCCAUUUGCCACUUUCUGGCAGUGCGUCUUCAGACUCAUUCCGAUCCGUUCCUCACGGCAGCACAGUCCCAUCGCCCCAUUCAGCAUCCGCCAACGGGAGUGUGCUGAUAAAACCCCAAACUCACACUCGCUCCUCGAAGCCCUUGAUCUUGUCACCGCUGCUGCCUGCCGAGCGCGCGUUGCGAUCCCUCGAGACCGUCGCCAAUCCCUCUGCCGCCCGCACGAUCGGCGGUACCUCUGAACGUGACGGUCUGCUCAAAAGACUGACAGGUCUUUCCGACGAUGCGCCGAACGCCUAUUGGUCGAAUCCGUCCAGUGCCGAGGAACGCAUCGCAUUGUUUGUAGAAGCACGUGCUGCUAUUCCGGACCCCAUCGUCGUCGAAGAAUUGGCUAGAACGUUUCUCUACCGGGCCAAUCACUGCGGUGGCCAUGUCGUCUACACGCCCUGGCACAAGGCCGCGACCGAGCUACUCAGUAUCGCCAGCCCCGAACAGGCGCUUUCGGCCCCCAUAUUCCAGGACGUCUCGAAUCUUGGACUCUGGUUCUUGAUCCUCAGCGUCGGGUACCAUUUUCAUCCCAACAAUGGGCCGACUUCGCACACUCGCGGAUUCGCCGCGGUGCACGCUCUUCGCAAGUCUGGCAUCGAUCCCUCAGUACGCUGGUACGGCAUCGCUAAGCGUGCUCUUGCCAUCGAGAAGGACUACGUCUUGAGAAGCUUGCCUGCCCUCCAGUGCGCCUCCCUUUUCCUCCUGCUCGGUCGUGAUGACCCGGCCUGGCUGCGAAUGCUGCGGGCGAUGGCUAUCGCUGGUGCCCGUGAUAUGGGCCUGCCAAGAUUGGGAAGCGCCAGCUAUACGCACGAGAUGACCACGAACGACUUUGUUCGUCUAGAGACUGCCGUGCGCGUCUGGAACUUCCUUUGCGUCAGAGACUGGUGCUGGUCGCAGCGCGAUGGCAGCUACUCGCUCCAUCCGAGUCAGAUGACGACACGCCUUCCUUUGAACCUCAACGACGCCGAUCUCGAAGCUGGCACGACCGAAUCCAAGUCAUCAUCGAACUGGACCGAGAUGUCCUUCGUCAUCGCCCAGGUUGGCCUUGCGCACUGUGUACGCGACGCUGCAGAUCUUCGCAACGCGAAUCUGGGUGACACGCCGCGAGCGGUCGUCGAGUGCAUCGACGAGUCCUUCCGACGUUUCUUGAGCGCUGGUUUACCGCACUUCUACAGCGUCAACAGUAGGGAGGCUACUCCGCCAAUCAUGGCACCUCAACGAUGGAUGCUACACCAGCAAGUGUUCCAUCAGCUUUUGCUGGUCCACAGGAAUCACAUCGCUUCGCCUGUUGGACGGUCAACGUGCUUAUCGCUCGCCCUAGGCACCCUGGAGCUGUUCAAGCAGCUCCGCAUGAUUUGCCCGAUAAUCGAGGGCAUGUAUGUCAAUUCUCAGCACCUCUUCGCAGCCGGCACUCUCCUCUUGCUCGACUUGUUCAAUGACAACGUCGAUGAUGAGCAUCGUGCCAACGUUCGCGACAAGGUCUCGGCCGCUGUGCAGUACAUGUCUCCAGCACCUCGUGCCAAGCAGCUGCUCAGUACGCUAUUAGAUGAAGAAGCGCAAUAUUAUGAGGCCACCAGAGAUCGGAAAGCGUACAUGCAACGCGACAGGACUUUAGAUCUGGCCACACUCUGCGACCGGGUGGCGGAAGUCAUCGAGCAAACACCUGGUCUUCCUCGCGACGAUGUCAAUGCCAUCGACGACGUAAGGAUGCCGGACCAUCACUUGAUGCCAGCUCUCAUUGGACUACAAUCGCCGACGAGCGAUUUCAACCAGACCAAGCCAAACCUCGAGCAUCAUCUAUCCCACGACAAGGUCGGGCCGAGCUCUGCGUUCGAAGAUCCGAGGUUUUUUGGCUCUGAUCAACGACAAGGAAACACGUCGGCAUCUUCAUCCUCGCGCCCGAAUACCGGUCUGAUGCCCCGCAGAGGCACCGUGCUAUCGCCAGCUCUGCCGUCGCCCGCCGAGCUUGCCAGAAGAGCGCCAAGGAUCCUUGCAGAAGGAGCCAUCACGCUGCCCAGCAUCGGCAUGGAUCACAGCUUGUCUUCAAAUCAGCAUAACUCCUUCAACAUCCACCCUAGCUUCCGAUCGGCCGUGUACGACCAGCCCAGCAGCAGCAGCAGCCACAACGACGACAACGCUAUGGGACCCAUUCCUACCGGCGGCUUUGACGUGUUCGCACCGAACAAUGUCCACUCCGUCUCGGAGAAUGAUCAAGCGAUUUGGAAUUGGCUGCUAUCUGCCGGUCUUCCAGACAUGCAAACUGCCUUCUGAGCCCGUUUGCCUUUCCCGCGCCUCAGUCAACGCCUCUACCAUCAUUCUCAUUAGGCUCAUCUCAAGAAUGUCUAGACGCGCAUCGUGCCGUCGUUCGCUCGCUUCCUCAUUGUGCCAGGAAUUCUCAACACGUACCCGUGCCUUGCGACUCAUCUUCUAUACUCUGCAUCGGCCUUUCGCUCCGCGCUCGACUCUUUCGCUCCAUUCACGUGAACUUUUUUUGCUCUGCGAUCCCCUCGCGCGCGAGAGAAGUGUCGAUGUACAGUCGUCAUCCGUCCGCCGCUCACCUAAUGUCAU